AUGAAUCUCGGCCCAUCUGCACCCGGCGCGAAUGAUGCCAUCACAGAUGCCUCCACCCUGCCGCGCCCGGUUGGCCCAGAUGCGGCAACAGCCCUGGAGCCCUCAACCCCCCCUAUGACAAUGUGCUGCAACAGUGCAUUCAUCUGCCCAACUGUUUCCCGCUUCCCUCAUACGGCAACGAUGCGUACUCGCUUUGCACUGCCACUGGCAGCUGUCAUCACACCUUUGGCUGAAGGGGAGGGUGUGCCAGAGGUGAAAUUGAUAAGCAGCGAGCACCAGGGUACUGCUGGGAUCGUGCGGUGCAGGCGGUGCCGCACAUACAUCAACCCUUUUGUCAAAUGGGUUGACGGGGGCAGGCGGUGGACGUGCAAUAUCUGUUUGGCGAUGAACGAUGUGCCUGCGGACUACUUUUGUACGCUGGAUGCCGCAACAGGUCUGCGGCGGGAUGUCGAUCAACGUCUGGAGCUGUCACUGGGCAGUGUGGAGUAUGUGGCACCAAAGGAGUACAUGGUCAGAGGCCCCAUGCCCGCCGUGUACUUCUUCCUCAUCGAUGUGUCCACACCCGCCGUGCAUUCUGGACUCCUAGAAACAUUGGCAUCAACACUAGACUCAGUGCUGGACUCCCUCCCUGGAGAUUCCAGGACAAGAAUAGGCUUCAUGACUUUUGACAGAACCCUCCACUUCUACAACUUGAAGUCGUCCCUGUCCCAGCCUCAAAUGAUGGUAGUCCCAGAUGUGGACGAGCCCUUUGUCCCAAUGCCAGAUGACCUGCUCGUGAACCUGAAGGACUCAAAGACCGUUGUGAGAGCACUCCUGGAGUCGUUGAAAACUCAAUUCACUGAGCGCAGCUGUGCAGAGUGUGCGAUGGGGCCUGCUUUGCAGGCGGCAUUUAUGGUGAUGAGCCACAUCGGUGGCAAGCUGCUGUUGUUCCUUUCAAGCCCUCCCACUCUUGGAAUCGGCAGGCUGAGGGCACAACGAGACAAUGCGGCACUGUAUGGCUCCGAUCGAGAGCACCUCUUGCGAACGCCAGAGGAUAAAUUCUUCAAAGACUUUGCAGCGGAAGCCAGCCGUGUUCAGAUCACCAUUGACCUCUUUGUCUUUCACCCAACCUUCAUUGACCUGGCUUCACUGUCGGCACUUCCCAGAUACACUGGCGGCCAGGUGUACUACUACCCCGGUUUCCACUGUCAGCGGGAUGCGACAAAGCUGCAGGCAGAGCUGUCGUGGAACUUGAAGAGAACGACAGCUUGGGAGGCUGUGAUGAGGAUUCGCUGUAGCAAGGGGCUGAGGAUCAUCGGCUUCACCGGCCAUUUCUUCAUACGCUCCUCUGACCUUCUGGCACUACCGACUGUGGAUCCAGACAAGUCGUUUGCUAUCCACCUGACACACGAGGACAGCGUGCUGGAGUCGCAGACUGUCUACUUGCAAUGUGCCCUUCUGUAUACUUCAUCUUGUGGGCAAAGAAGGAUACGGGUCCACACCCUCGCAGCGCCAGCCACAAGCGACCUGGGUGAGGUGUACAAGUCGGUGGACGCCGCGCAGGUGGCCACACUGCUGGCGAAGCUAGCCGUUGAAAAGAGCUACCACACGCGCCUCCAUGAAGUGCGGACACUGGUGCAAGGAAAGCUCAUCAGCAGCCUGAAGGAGUACAGGGCCCUGCACUCUGGCCAUUUCCGCGGCGUUAACAAACUGAUAUAUCCAGAGAGCUUCAAGCACAUACACGUUUGGGUCCUGGGUCUCCUGAAGACAGCAGCGAUAAGGGGAGGUGCUGAUGAUGUCAACGCAGAUGAGCGAGUGGCGGUUGGCCUAGAGAUUGUCAGCUGCACAUUCAAGCAGGUGCUGCGGCUUCUGUAUCCUUCACUUUUCCAGUUGCAUGAUUUGAGGUUGGACUGGGGCCAGAAAGACGCUGAUGGGAAGGUCAAAUUGCCUCCGACUGUCGCUCUGUCGAAGGAACAUUUACGACCUGACGGGGCAUACCUGCUCGACAACGGGAGGGUAUUCGUCCUGUGGCUGGGCCAAGCCCUGCCACGGGAAUAUGUUUCAAGCCUCUUUGGCAUGGACCCCUCCACUUCCCCCGGUGACUACUCCAGUAUGGCAGUUGAACCACCAAAGGACAACCCCGUGUCCCAGCGAGUGAAUGCUGUGCUUCGCAGGUUGAGGGAAGGGCGGGGUGUGCAUGCGCACUGUUAUGUGGCGAGGCAGGGGUCGCAGACAGAGGCGCACAUCGCACCGCUGUUUGUCGAGGACAGGACGCACAACACACAUGGUUACCUGGAUUUUGUGCACCAUCUUCACAGGCAGAUUGGCGCAAAACAAUGA